AUGAACUACAGUUACUCUCUUGCAGCAUCUUUCGAAUCAGCAAGACGCUCUUCUUCAUUCACGCCAAAAAUCGAAAGCUCGGUAUCUUCACCAGCCAUGUCUGAUAGCCACUUCAGCACUAGAAGUUCUCCUAUCGACCUCGACGAUAUCACCAAAGAGUUUCAGCGUUACAAGAGCAUGUUGUCUUCUGAAAGCAUCUCCUCGGACAAGGAAGAGUGGCCUGGAAGACAGGUUGGGCUUCGGGAGAUGCUCGACUCUGAACGCGCAGACACUGGCUUCAACCACAGCUCCACCCCAGUACUGUCUCAUAUACACUUACCAACCACGUCUGAGUCUACCAUCAAGGACUACGAGCUGAAGAUGGAAAGAAGACGCAGCGUAUAG